AUGGCGACCAUGAAAGCAGCUGUGAUCCGCGAGCCAGGCGGGCCAGAAAAACUCAAGAUUGAAACGCUUCCGAUCCCCACGCCAGGCGACGAUGAGGUUCUCAUCCGUGUCAAGGCAUUCGGCAUCAACCGCUCCGAGCUGUUCACGCGUCAGGGACACAGUCCCGGUGUCCAGUUCCCAAGGGUGCUUGGCAUCGAAGCAACCGGCGUCGUCGAGAAGUGUCCAGGCGGGCAAUUCAAGCCCGGCCAGAAAGUCGCGACCGCAAUGGGUGGCAUGGGGCGGGACUUUAACGGUGGGUACGCCGAGUAUACAUGCGUCAAGGCGAGUAAUACCCAGGCACUCGAGACAGACCUGGAUUGGAGCAUCGUUGGAGCGGUCCCAGAGAUGUUGCAGACUGCACAUGGGAGCUUGUUCAAGGCGAUGCAGAUCACGCCGAAGGACCGUGUGCUCAUCCGCGGAGGCACGACUUCCGUUGGUCUUGCGGCGGCGGCCAUCGCGAAGAACCACGGAUGCUUUGUUGCGGGGACGACUCGAAGCUCCAACCAGGCCAGUGCCGAUGUGAUGCGCAAGAGCGGAGUUGACCAGGUCAUUAUUGAUGAUGGGAACGUCGCUGAGAAGGUCAAAGGCGAGAAGUUUGACAAGGUGUUGGAACUGAUUGGUACGACUACGCUGGCAGACUCACUGCAAUGUGUCGCCGAUCAUGGAAUCGUCUGUAUGACUGGUAUUGUCGGGAACAAAUGGACCAUCGACGGCUUUAAUCCCAUGGAGUUCAUUCCCUCCUCGGUGUAUCUGACCGGGUAUUCGGGUGGGCCAGAAGAGUUCAUGAAUACGCCGCUCACGGACUUGCUAAAGCAGAUCGAGAAGGGCACCUUGCCUGUUCAGGUUGGCAAGGUGUACAAGUUGGACGACAUUGCUCAGGCACAUGAAACCAUGGACAAGAAUGCUGCUCGAGGCAAGAUUGUCGUCUUGACCGAGUAG